GGCAAGAUGGCAGCUCCCGGAGACGGGGAGGCGGUGUGGAACCGGUGGGAUGUGCCCUGGCCUGCUUGCAAUGCCGCCGAAGCCGCGCCGGCCGAACACGCUGCAGUGAUAUGCCUUUCAGCCGUUCUGAAGAGAUGUUGGGCUGUUGACAACAUGUUAAACAGCAAAAUGCUGGUUGCAGAACAGAGCCUUCUCCAUUCAAUCAUUUAUAAUUUCCAUUAUCAGAUGAUCCAUCAAAGGGCCUAUGGGAGUCUUAAACAGGUAGAACAGUGCUUGAAGCGCUUAAAUUUAAUGAAUCUGGAAAAGUCAAUUCAAGAAAUUGCUCAGAUAGGCCUCAUAAAACAGAGAUCUGAAAAUCCUAAGGAGUCCUUGGUCCCCAGCCAGCCUGUGAUAGAAGUUGUUCUGGUGAAGAUACUGGGUAGUUGCAAGCUUGUACUACGUUUACUUGAAUGUUGUUGUACUGCAUUUACUUUAAUUGUUAAACAUCUGUGUUUGGAAGAGUAUGUAUUGUUCAAUACUUUGGUUCUGGGGUUGCUGAGUCGGUUAUGGAUUCUUUAUAGAGCUGUAUUAAAAAACCUUAGUGCAUUAUAUAAGGAUCUGUUUGAAUUGCUUCAAGAAGUAGCAAAAAUGCACCAAAGACCAUAUAUUAAAGGAUUUGUCUUUCCUUCUGAAAUAAAUGAUUUUCUGGGAACCAGUUCUUUAGAGAUUAAGAAGAAAAUGCCUAAAGCAUUUAUAGAAAAGAAAGCUGGAACUGGAUGGAUGAAUACAUUUUUUUCAGUAAAAAAGACUACAUCUCAGUCUCAGAUUUUGAGUGCAGUAGUUCCACCAGCAGUCAGGAAAAAGAAAAAGAAAAGGAGGAAGGGUACCCAAAAUACUUCUGAUAUUGGAAAACCAGUUUUGAUCAACAGAACUAAUCAAGAUCUUGCAAAGAAGUUGGAGUUUGAUCUGAAGACCUUAUGCAAAUAUCCUAAUCCUGUGCCACAGGAGAAUUCCAAAUUCAGGAAUAUGCUUCCUGAGUCAAAGGGAAUCACAUCUAUUUCUUCUAAAGCCCUGAGAUCUCAGCAUCUUCACUCUUUUGUGUCCAAGUUUAAAGAAGUGCAGUCCUUUGAAGAAUUAUCUGAGGCACUGAAAACAACAAUUAUCUGGUGUAAAAGCAAUAAAUUUGGAUCAGGGGCUUUCUUCUUAGGAAUGAAGCUUUUAAAAAGCAAGAGGCUACAGCAUGUGGAAGCCCAAGGUUGCAGAUUGCAGAGGAAACUUGGCUGUGUUAAAGCCACUAUCUGUAAAUAUCUUACACUCCAAAGUUGCAGACAGAAACCCAUGCAACGUCUUAGAGCAAGUCCCCAGCAAAGUACUAGACUCUCAUGGAAGCAGAGCUGUGUUUCACAGAGUAUGUCUGUACAUAGGGGUCCUGUCUCUAAGAGAACUGCAUCUCCUUUCCUUGAUCAGUGCUUUCCACUGUGGAUUGCGGACUCCAGUGGUACAAAGACUCUUGAAGAAAGUAUCCAUGAUGACAUUUCUGUCCCUGCAGUGUUGGAAAGUCACUGUACCCAUAUAGAGAAAGAAGCCACUGAACCGAAAGAUGACAUUGAUGCUAUUUUUAAAGUUAUAGGUCUUUAAGACUACCUUCUAUUAUACUGUCAUAAAUGAUGCAGUUGAAAUGUUAUUUCUGUUCCAUUAUAGCAAAAACAGACAACUGUUCUCAGAUUUUGAGGUUUCCUUGCGGUUGUUGAAAAGCAAGUUGUAAUUGCUGAUGGACCGAUACAAAGCAUCUCUCAAUUAUUCAUUUUCACAGCAGCGUGUUUUACUCUAUUUUAUAUCUAUAAGAGAGUGUUCCUACAGAUCAUAUGAAACUUAAGUUGGAGCAGUACCAAACAAAUGCUGUUAAGAAUACUUAAGUAGAAUUACAAUAUUUUCAAAUAAUUCAUGAGAUGAAUGGGCAAUGGGGACAAUGGUGUGUGUGUGGGGGCCGGGGGGGGGACCAGAGAGAGAGAGUGGAGUGCCUUCAGAUGUGUAGCAAGUAGCUGGAACCAAAAGGACCAUUUUGUAAUAUUAGGUGGUUGCAGGUACCAUCUGUUUUUAAAUAUCAGUAAGAAUGUGGUUGUGAAUCACAGUUAGUAUUCUUUAAAGAAAUAAGCUCGGCUGGCCACCUCUAGUGUGGGGCAACUUAGAAGCGUCCUAGGUAAUGUUUUAGCUCAGAAAGGAGAACUAAUUUUUGGAGAAGGGGGAAAGAAAUAUAUAAAGCUUGCUAUUUAUAGUUAUGUAUUGGAUGUUUGGCCUUUCUAUGACAGAACAAGAGUAGCCAUUGAUAAGGAACAAAUUCA